AGUCAAUUCAAUCACCUCGUUUAUUUUUUUGAAAUUUGAUCUCCUCGUUGUUUUAAACACAAAAAAUUCAAUCAUUCAGUCAUUUUUUUUGUUACAAUUUAUAUAAAUCACAUUUCAUUCGCUUAAAUUCUGCAAGAAUUCAACAGAAAAAAAAAUAUCAAAUCAAAUUAAUUAAUAAUGCCUUUUACCGGAACAUUAAAGCUAAAAAUUAUUGAGGCUGCUGAUCUAAAGCCAACACAAUUAUCCGUACGGCAUGUUUUGGGUAAAAAUCAAGCAAUGGUUAUUGAUCCAUAUAUUAAUAUUGCUAUUGAUGAAUCAGUAAUGGAAAGUACAACAGUUAAAUCAAGAACAUUUAAACCAAUAUGGAAUGAAUCAUUUAAUUUAGAAUUAAUUGAUUCAAAAUCAUUACAAUUAACAGUGUUUCAUAAAUCAGCAUUAUCCGAAGAUUUUGUUGCAAAUUGUUCGCUAACAUUUGAUGAAAUACAAGAAAAACAUGAUAAAGAUAAUAAUGAUUUUUGGGUUGACCUAGAACCGGUUGGAAGAUUACAUAUUUGUAUUGAAUUAAUGAAUAAACCUGAACUAAAACCACCGAAAGAAUUUCAUGAACGUAUUGGUUUUAAUAAUAGACGUCGUGGUGCAAUGCGUCGUCGUGUUCAUCAAAUCAAUGGACAUAAAUUUAUGACAACCAAUCUUCGACAGCCAACAUUUUGUUCACAUUGUAAUAAAUUCAUUUGGGGAUUGGCUAAACAAGGUUAUCAAUGUCAAGUUUGCACUAUGGUUGUGCAUAAAAAAUGUCAUCAAUUUGUUGUUGUUAAAUGUCCGGGUUGUAAAAAAACUAAUGAAGAAGAUGCAUUGGCCAGUGGUAAUCGUUUUAGUAUCAAUGUUCCACAUAGAUUUUCAAUACAUAAUUAUAAAAUACCAACAUUUUGUGAUCAUUGUGGUUCAAUGUUAUAUGGUAUUAUUAAACAAGGUCUCAAAUGUGAAGAUUGUGAAAUGAAUGUACAUAAACGUUGUCAUAAAAAUGUAACAAAUAAUUGUGGAAUAAAUUCAAAAAAAUUUGGUGAAGUAUUAGGUGAAUUAGGUAUAUCAAGUGAAAGUUUAAGCAGCAGUAGUAGUACAACAAGUAAUAAUAAAUCACAUAGAAAAAAUCGAAUAACAUUAAAUGAACAAUCAUCACCAAAUAAAUCAUCAUCAUCAUCAUUAUUAUCGUUCAAUGAAAGAUCACAUACAUCACCAUUACCAUAUACGGACCAAUCAUUUACGGAUACAUUCUGUAAUCCAAUGCAAGCUAUGUCAUUAGUACCCAAUAGUAAGUUUGUUUUGUCGAAUCAAAUAUCCUUAACAUUUCUUAUUUGAUUGUAUUCAAUGUAAGAUGAAAAACUGCAACAACAACAACAACAACAACAAAAAUCAAUACAGCAAUCAAAUCUAAAUAAAUUGAUUGAAUCAUCAUCAAAACGUCGUUAUAAUUUAGAUUCAUUUAAUUUUUUAAAAGUUUUGGGUAAAGGAAGUUUUGGAAAGGUUAUGUUAGCCGAAUUGAAAGGAACCGAUGAAGUUUAUGCUGUAAAAGUAUUGAAAAAAGAUGUCAUUCUACAGGAUGAUGAUGUUGAUUGUACAAUGACCGAAAAACGUGUUCUAGUAUUAGCUGCCAAGCAUCCAUUUUUAACGGCAUUACAUUCAUGUUUUCAGACUGAGGAUCGAUUAUUUUUUGUAAUGGAAUAUGUUAAUGGUGGUGAUUUAAUGUUUCAAAUACAAAAAGCAAGAAAAUUUGAAGAACCACGUGCACGAUUUUAUGCAGCUGAAGUUACAUUAGCAUUAAUGUUUCUUCAUGAACAUGGUGUGAUAUAUAGAGAUUUAAAAUUAGAUAAUAUUCUAUUGGACAGUGAUGGUCAUUGUAAAUUAGCCGAUUUUGGAAUGUGUAAAGAAAAUAUUAUUGGUGAUAAUACAACAUCAACAUUCUGUGGUACACCGGAUUAUAUAGCACCGGAAAUAUUACAAGAACUUGAUUAUGGAGCCUGUGUUGAUUGGUGGGCAUUAGGUGUUUUAAUGUAUGAAAUGAUGGCCGGUCAACCUCCAUUCGAAGCCGAAAACGAAGAUGAUCUAUUUGAAUCAAUUUUACAUGAUGAUGUUGUUUAUCCUGUUUGGCUUUCCAAAGAUGCUGUUGCAAUUCUCAAAGGAUUUUUAACAAAAAAUCCAUUGAAACGUUUGGGUUGUGUGCCUAGUGCCGGUGAACAUGCAAUAAGAAAUCAUCCAUUUUUUCAUGAAAUCAAUUGGGAUUUAUUGCAAGCAAAAAAACUCAAAACCCCAUUUAAGCCAAAAAUUAAAGCCAAAUGUGAUGUUACUAAUUUUGAUCAAGAUUUUACCAAAGAAGAAGCUGUUUUAACACCAACCAAUAUCGAAACAAUACGAUCAAUUAAUCAAGAAGAAUUUAAAGGUUUUUCAUUUAAAAAAAAUCGUCAUCGACGUUUAAGUUUAAAUCUAGCGCAAACAGUACCACAACAACAAAAACUUAUUGAUCCAUCAUUUGAACCAAAAGUAUUGCGCAAAAAUAAAUCUAUUGCACGUAUUGAAUCUUAUGGUACAUUAUCGGAAGAAAGUAAAGUUUUAGUUAUCUAUACUGGUGGUACUAUUGGUAUGGUGAAAAAUGGUUCGGGAGUUUAUGAACCACGUCCUGGUGCAUUUGCACAAGUAAUCAAAAAAUAUCCCCAAUUACAUGAUCCAGAAUAUUUUGAAAAAAGUUGUAUGCUACCGGAUUCCGAACAUUUAUUAGUUUUACCGUAAGUUUUUCAUUUUAAAAAUGAUCAAUUUUUUUGAACUUUUUGGUACAUUAACAGUGAUACUGGCGAGAAAAAGCGAGUAAUAUAUACAAUUUUUGAAUAUGAUCCAUUGCUUGAUUCAUCCAAUAUGACCAUUGAUGAUUGGGUUUUGAUUGCACAAAAUAUUAAGAAAGAAUAUCAUCGAUUCAAUGGUUUUGUCAUUUUACAUGGUACCGAUACAAUGGCCUACACUGCAUCGGCUUUAUCAUUUAUGUUGGAAAAUUUGGGCAAAACUGUUGUCAUAACUGGUUCACAGAUACCGCUGUAUGAAGCACGAAGUGAUGCUAAAGAAAAUUUAUUAAAUUCAUUAAUAAUUGCUGGCAAUUAUUCAAUACCCGAAGUAACCAUACAAUUUAAUAAUAAAUUAUUUCGUGGUAAUCGUACAUCGAAAAUUAGUGCAUCGAAAUUGGAUGCAUUCAAUUCACCAAACAUGUCACCACUAGUCAAUAUUGGCAUUAAAAUUGAUGUUGAUUGGAAUAAUGUUUAUCGGCCAUCAACAAUUGCCAAAAUACAUGUUCAUUCAAAAUUAAAUCGUAAUGUAACAUUAUUACGUUUAUUUCCAAGCAUUUCAGUCGAAACGAUACGUGUAUUUUUACGUGAUCCAAUACAAGGUGUAGUGCUGCAAACAUAUGGUGCUGGAAAUGCACCAUCCAAUCGUAAAGAUAUUCUAAAUGAAUUUCGUGAAGCAACUAAACGUGGUUUGAUUAUUGUAAAUAUAACACAAUGUCCAAAUGGUAAAGUUGAUCCAUCAUAUGAAACUGGUAAUGCAUUAGUUGAAGCUGGUGUUAUACCUGGUUCUGAUAUGACACCUGAAGCAUGUUUAGCUAAACUGUCAUAUAUUCUAAGUAAAGAUGAAUGGUCAUUAGAACAAAAAAGAGAGAUGGUACGUACAAAUUUACGUGGUGAAAUGACCGUAAUACGUGAACAAAAAGUUGAAGAUGUUAGCCUUGUUCAAGCGAUAGCCAGUACGCUAAAAGUAUCAACAUCGGAUGAAAUUGAAAAAUUACGUUCAGCACUUUAUCCGGCUAUUGUUUGUGCUAUAACUGCACGUGGUGAUGUUGAUAGUUUAAUCCAGCUAAAAAAGAAUGGUAUCGAUUUAUGUGCAAGUGAUUAUGAUAUGCGUACACCGCUGCAUAUUGCCGUUAGUCAUGGUCAUAAAGAUGUUGUUAAAUAUCUUCUAUUCGAAGGUGUUAAUGUACAUGCUAAAGAUAAAAAUAAUGAAUCAGCAUUACAUUUGGCCAUAAAAAAUCAACAACAUGAAAUUAUUAAAAUGUUGAUUGAAGCUGGUGCAUCAUUAGAUUUGCCCAAAAAUCGUGUCGGUGAUCUGAUUACAAAUGCUGCUGCAAAUGGAAAAUUACAACUAUUAAGAUCAUUACGUUUGGCUGGUGCUACAUUAGAAGAAAAAGAUACAUUCGGUCGUCAAUGUAUACAUGCUGCAACUGAAAGAAAUCAACCAGAAAUUAUCGAUUAUUUGGUAAACGUUAUCAAUGUUAAUCGACAAAAGACUGAUUUAUAUGGCCGUACUGCUAAAGAUAUGGCAAAAAUUUUUGGCUAUAAACAUAUUCUACAUAUAUUGGAAUCGAAAGAAUUUUCUAAAAAUUUUUAUUAAAAUUUUACGUUUUGUAUUUUUUGUAAUUUAUCAAUUUUUAAAAACCUGAAUAAAUUUCAUUUUUCAACCACCA